UUAGGCUGAUACUUGACUCCUUGCCUACAUCUAGCUGGGCACAGAGGGACAUCCAUAGCCUUAAGAGUGUGGGUGAGACAUACGCAGCAUUGCUGGACCUGCAAGUGAGCCCAAUCUGGGGGAAAUGUGACCUCAGAGCAGAGAAAAAUUUGAAAGGCAGAUGGCCUUUCUUCAGACCAAUAAGAAUCUCAUUUCCACGGGAAUGAAGGAAUUUAAUGUUCUGCUGAAACAACAGGUCUUUAACGAUCCUCUUGUCUCUGAAGAAGCCAUGGUGACGGUGGUGGACGACUGGAUGAACUUCUACAUCAACUAUUACAGGCGGCAGGUGACAGGGGAGCAGGAAGAGCAAGACAGGGCUCUGCAGCAACUUCAGCAAGAGCUGAACACUCUGGCCAACACUUUCCUGGCCAAAUAUAGGGCCUUCCUGAAGUCCCAUGAGCACCUAAAUCACCCACUGCCUUCCUUCUAGCCCAGAGACCCAGGUCUUCAUCUCUGAAAGACUCUUAAAUUCUGGCUCCGUGUUCUUCAUGUCCCCAGGCUGUGCUCCUUCGGUGUUACUCUGCCUUGACAUCUCAAUAAAGACCAAUACUGGUUUUGCUGGA